AUGGUUCAAGUCCCCACUCUGAGAAUUCCUGGAUCUGGACAGCAAAUUCCUCAAGUUGGCUUUGGUCUAUGGAAGGUCCCUCCACAGGAAGCCAGUGAAGUUGUCUACCAGGCUAUCAAAGCUGGAUACCGGCUUUUUGAUGGAGCAUACGAUUAUGGUAAUGAACGAGAGGCAGGACUGGGGAUCAAACGCGCUAUUGAAGAAGGCCUCGUCACACGCGAAGAUGUGUUUGUGACCACUAAGUUGUGGAAUACAUGCCACGAAAAGGAGCGUGCCAUUAAAGUUGGCGCAGAGCAAGUUGACGAGUGGGGUCUCGGAUACAUCGAUAUGUAUCUCAUUCACUUCCCCAUCGCUCUUCAGUACAACCCAGAGUGCACGAGAGGAUGGUAUUAUGAUGGUCAAAAGGAAGUGAAGCUAGAGAUGACCCCAAUAAGAGACACAUGGGAGGCUCUCGAGGAAUUGUAUAGCCGGGGCCUCGUGAAGAACAUUGGAGUUUCAAACUUCAACUCACAGGCAAUCUUUGAUAUCUUCACUUACGCAAAAGUCAAGCCAUCAAUGCUACAAAUUGAGCACCACCCUUAUCUUGUCCAGCCCACUCUUGUUGAAUUUUGCAAAGACCAGGACAUGUUGGUUACUGGAUACAGCUCUUUUGGGCCACAAUCGUUCUUGGAACUUCCUUCGAGUUUCCCCACAAAGGCUGCUCAGACUCCUACGUUGUUUGAGAUCGAUUUGAUCAAGAAGCUAGCAACAAAAUACAAGAAGACGACAAGCCAGAUUCUGUUACGUUGGUCUACUCAGCGUGGCCUUUGUGUGAUUCCGAAGAGCACGAACGAGGAGAGGAUGAAGCAGAAUUUGGAUGUGACAGGCUUUGACAUGGAGAAGGAGGAGCUUGAUCAUAUCGCAUCCUUAGAUAUGGGACUCCACUUCAAUGAUCCAGGCACCUAUCUUCCAGGACGACCAGUGCGUUUAUUUACCUAG